CAGCAGAUAUUAAACAAACAAAACACCUCAUCCAGAUUCCCUAGAGGCCAGAAUAAAUAAAAACACCUUAUUGAAUUAUGUCUUCUAUAGAUAUACUAAGAGACUCUCUAAGAAGUCCUGGAAGUUGAGAUGGUUUUAAGAGACAUCAUAGAUUCAUGAGCCAGUUUACUUUUACACGCCUGUGAAAUGUUAGAUUACAACCUGUUUUUGUACAAUAUCUGAACUGAUACUGAAUUGAAAAGCGGUCUAUGUUAUGGUCUGAAGCAGAUGAACCUUGAUGCAGCAUGUAACUCUCAAUACAGGGUGCUGACUCACCUCUACCAGCACAUCCUGGCCUUGGCAUUUGCUGUAAAGGAGAUCAAUGAAACUCCCCAGAUCUUGCCCAACAUCACCCUGGGCUUCCACAUUUAUAACAGCCAUUUCAGUGCAAGCUGGACCUAUGAAGCCUCAAUGGAGCUUCUCUCAAGAAGGGCCAAGGCCAUCCCUAACUAUAAAUGUGAUGCUGAGAGCACUCCAAUAGCAGUCAUUGGGGGACCUAACUCUAAUGUCUGUCUUCACAUGACACCCAUCCUGUCUACCUACAAGAUACCGCAAGUCAUAUAUGGUUCUUCACCAGUCAUGAAUAAACAAUCUCAAGGAGUUUUCUUCCACCAGAUGUUUCCAAAUGGGGACCAUCAAUAUAGAGGAAUCAUCAAGUUACUGCUGCAUUUCCAGUGGAUGUGGAUUGGAGUGGUUUCUGAGGCUGAUGAAAAUACAGAAGGUUUUAUAGAGAAUGUACUUCCACUGUUUUCCCAGAGUGGCAUCUGCUUUGACUUCAUAGAAACUUUACCUAAGCUAACAUCUUCCAGUGGUGUCACGGACAUGGUGGGGGAGGGCUUUCACGGUGUCAGUGUUAUUAUGGGAAGCACUAUGAAUGUUGUGGUUGUGCAUGGAGAAAUUCAGACAAUGAUGGUAAUGAAAAUGAUGCCCCAGGUUGUAAAAUUUGAGCAUAUACCAAUAAGAAACAAGGCAUUCCAGAAGUUCCUUCAGAUCAACAACCCAACCACAGAAAAAGAAGAUGGUUUUAUCAAAGACUUCUGGGAAGAGUCAUUUAACUGUUCAUUCUCCAGUUCUGUUACAGAUAAUAUAGACAUGGAUGACUGUGUUCAAUGUCCUGAAGAUCAGUACCCAAACAUUGGCCAGGAUAUAUGUCUUCCAAAAGAUAUAAGCUUCCUGUCUCACGCAAAAUGCAGGCUCCAAAGUCCACACCGUCCAAUUCACAUGUAUCAUCAGCCAGGAGAGUUCCUCAUUGGUGGCAUUGUUACCCAUGGUGGCUUCUUCUCUUCUCCAGCAACAUUCACUGAGGAACCCUCACCAACGCUGCCUGAAGAACUUCUGGUGGUGCCUAAGCUUUACCAGCACAUCGUGGCCUUGGCAUUUGCAGUCAAGGAGAUCAAUGAAGACCCUCACAUCUUACCCAAUAUCACCUUGGGCUUUCACUUGUAUGACAGCUAUAACAAUGCAAGGAGCACAUAUCUCGCCACACUGCUGCUUUUAUCCAUGGUGGAGAAAUUUGUCCCAAACUAUAUAUGUGAUGUUGAAAAUAAUCUGGCAGGGGUCAUUGGGGGACUUGAUUCUGAAAUCUCCUUUUAUGUAGCAACUGUUUUGGAUAUCUUUAAGAUUCCACAGCUCCAUCACUUUCUGAGAAAUAUCUCAUUUAACAAUACGGCAGGAGAUGUGGUCUUCAUCAACCAGAAUGGAGAGGCAGCAUCUAGCUUGGAUAUUAUCAAUUGGAUCAUAUUCGCCAACCAAAGUUUGCACCGAGUGAGAGUUGGGAGGAUAGAUCCACAGGCUCCUCCAGACCAAUCAUUACUCCUUGAUGAAGAUGCCAUCACAUGGCACAGUUGGUUUAACCAGACUCAGCCUCUUUCAGUCUGUACUGAGCGUUGUCUUCCAGGAUCCAGCAAGAAAGUGAAGGAGGGACAGCCACCUUGCUGCUACGAUUGCAUCCCAUGUGCAGAGGGGAAGAUUGCAAACCAGGAUGAUAUGAAUGACUGUAAUAAAUGUUCAGACAAAGACUAUCCAAGCAAGAACCAGGAUGCAUGUCUACCCAAGGAUAUCAGCUUUUUGUCUUAUGAAGAACCUUUGGGCAUCAGUUUAGCCUGCUGCUCUCUUUCCCUUUCCUUGAUCACUGCUCUGGUACUAGUUACAUUUAUAAAACACCAUGACACACCCAUUGUCAUUGCAAACAACCGAAACCUCACCUACACUCUCCUCAUCUCUCUCCUGCUCUGCUUCCUGUGUGCAUUGCUCUUCAUUGGCCGACCUGAGAAGGUGACAUGCCUCCUCCGACAAAUGGCUUUUGGCAUCAUCUUCUCAACUGCUGUUUCUUGUGUCCUGGCAAAAACCUUCAUUGUGGUUUUGGCCUUCAUGGCUACAAAACCAGAAUCCAGGAUGAGGAAAUGGGUGGGGAAAGGACUAGGCCACUCCAUUCUCCUUUCUUGCUCCAUAGUCCAAGCAGGCAUAUGUACUAUGUGGCUGGCAACCUCUCCCCCAUACCCAGAUGUGGACAUGCACUCAAUGACAGAAGAAAUUAUACUAGAAUGUAAUGAAGGGUCUGUAACAAUGUUUUAUUGUGUCCUCAUCUACAUGAGCUGCCUGGCAACUGUAUGUUUUGCUGUGGCUUUCCUCGCCAGGAAGUUACCAGACAGUUUCAACGAAGCCAAGUUUAUCACUUUCAGCAUGUUGGUUUUCUGCAGUGUUUGGCUGUCCUUUAUUCCUUCCUAUCUGAGCACCAAAGGAAAAUAUACGGUAGCUGUGGAGAUCUUCUCUAUCUUAGGCUCCGGUGUUGGGUUGCUGGCUUGCAUCUUCUUCCCCAAAUGUUACAUAAUCAUUCUGAGGCCUGAGCUGAACAACAGGGAACAGCUAAUAAGGAAGAAAAAUUAAAGAAAUAAUACACCUGUCCUUUUCUGUAUUUUGUGCUUUUCUCUGUGUGUACAGUAGAAUAUUUGCAAACACGUGUUCAGCAGCUGUCUUAUAUAAUUUUUUCUAGACCUGGUGAUUUUGACAGCUGUCC